GCCGCAGCGGGCGGAGGAUCCGGGCCGCGCUUCCUCUCGCCAGGCCUGCGAGCUUCCUCCCAUCGGAGCCCGGGCGAACUGAGGUUGGCCGCCGCCGCCGAGCCUGCUUCCUCCCUUGUCCUCCCGCGCCACGCCGAGCCCUGCCCCGGGGACCCCACCGGGGCCGGGGCCGGGGCCGGGGCCGAGCGGGGCCAACCCCGGCCGCACCGCCGUCGGGGCCGUCCCCGAGCCAGCCGUCCCUCCCGCCCCGCCAGCCUCCGGCCGCCCAGCCUCCGGGGUGUGGGGCGCAGGCACCCCCCGCGGGCCGCGAUCGAACGCCCGGGGCGGCCCCCGGCGGCCGGCGCGACGUCCCCAAACCGAACCUCGGUGGCCGCGUUCGGAAGCGGAACUCUGCCGGGGCCGCGCCGGCUACAUUGUUUCCUCCCCCCGGACUCCCUCCCGCCCCUUCCCCCGCCUUUCUUCCCUCCCCAACCCGGGCUGCGCGGCCGUCCCCCUGCCUGUCUGGCCGUCCUUCCUCCCUCUCUUUUCGCAUCCAUACACCUCUUUGUACCGCACCCCCUGGGGACCCCUGCGCCCCUCCCCUCCUCCUUGGCCGCAUGGACUGUCCUGCAGGCCGCUGAUGCCGCCCGCGGUGAGGUGGCCUGGACCGCAGUGCCCCGAGAGAGGAAUGGACCUCAAGUUGUCAGGCUUGACAGCGAGCGCCUUUCCCUGCUGAGCCGUUUGGCCGGUGCUGCUUUGUUUCCUGUUGCAUUGCUGGGGGAUCGGAACCCAGCUUCAUGUUUGUCACAGCUUGCUGUCCUGGCCUCCGUCACGUGUAGCUCUAAUGGUACCAAGUAACGGAUCGGCCUUCCUGUAGCACGGGGACGCCAGAUCUAAGAAGAUGUCAGCAAUACAGGCCGCCUGGCCAUCCGGUACAGAAUGUAUUGCCAAGUACAACUUCCACGGCACUGCUGAGCAAGACCUUCCCUUCUGCAAAGGAGACGUGCUCACCAUUGUGGCCGUCACCAAGGACCCCAACUGGUACAAAGCUAAGAACAAAGUGGGCCGUGAGGGCAUCAUCCCAGCCAACUAUGUCCAGAAGCGUGAGGGCGUGAAGGCAGGCACCAAGCUCAGCCUCAUGCCCUGGUUCCAUGGCAAGAUCACGAGGGAGCAGGCAGAGCGGCUUCUCUACCCACCGGAGACAGGCCUGUUCCUGGUGCGGGAGAGCACCAAUUACCCCGGGGACUACACGCUGUGUGUGAGCUGUGAAGGCAAGGUGGAGCACUACCGCAUCAUGUACCACGCAAGCAAGCUGAGCAUCGAUGAGGAGGUGUACUUCGAGAACCUCAUGCAGCUGGUGGAGCACUACACCACAGAUGCCGAUGGGCUCUGCACUCGCCUCAUCAAACCAAAGGUCAUGGAGGGCACAGUGGCGGCCCAGGACGAAUUCUACCGCAGUGGCUGGGCGCUGAACAUGAAGGAACUGAAGCUGCUACAGACGAUCGGGAAGGGGGAGUUUGGAGAUGUGAUGCUGGGGGAUUACCGAGGCAACAAAGUUGCAGUCAAGUGCAUUAAGAAUGACGCCACUGCCCAGGCCUUCCUGGCUGAAGCUUCUGUCAUGACGCAACUUCGGCACAGCAACCUGGUCCAGCUGCUGGGUGUGAUUGUGGAGGAGAAGGGUGGACUGUAUAUCGUCACAGAGUACAUGGCCAAGGGGAGUUUGGUGGACUAUCUUCGAUCACGUGGUCGUUCGGUGCUAGGUGGAGACUGUCUCCUCAAAUUCUCACUAGACGUCUGCGAGGCCAUGGAGUACCUGGAGGGCAACAAUUUCGUGCACCGGGACUUGGCUGCCCGGAACGUGCUGGUGUCUGAGGACAACGUGGCCAAAGUCAGUGACUUUGGCCUCACCAAGGAAGCGUCCAGCACUCAGGACACAGGCAAACUGCCGGUCAAGUGGACAGCUCCUGAAGCCUUGAGAGAGAAGAAAUUUUCCACCAAGUCCGAUGUGUGGAGUUUCGGAAUCCUUCUCUGGGAAAUCUAUUCCUUUGGGCGAGUGCCUUACCCAAGAAUUCCCCUGAAGGACGUCGUCCCUCGGGUGGAAAAGGGCUAUAAGAUGGAUGCCCCGGAUGGCUGCCCGCCCGCAGUCUACGAGGUCAUGAAGAACUGCUGGCACCUGGAUGCUGCCACACGGCCCACCUUCCUGCAGCUCCGCGAGCAGCUGGAGCACAUCAAAACCCACGAGCUGCACCUGUGACCUCUGCCUCCGCCUAGGCCACAGGCCUGCAGGGUCAGGGCCUAGAAGAUCUGGGAGCUGGUGCCCUGCGGCUCACUGGCCUGAACUUGAACUGAGCCCCAGCGGGCUGGUCGGCCUCUUGCCUCUGACCUGCCUGUCCCUUCUGGCCCCCCAGGGACCCCACCUAGUCCUGGCAUCUUCUCUCAUGGACCCACAUGUAGGGCUUGGGGCUCCCACUGAAGGGGCUAAGAAGGGAGGAGGCCCAGCAGCAGGAGGCAGCGCCCCUGUGGUCGGCCUUCUCUUGGCCUCACAUCAUUCGCCUUCUUAGAGUUUUAUUCCUUUCCUUUUUUGAGAUUUUUUUUCGUGUGUUUAUUUUUUAUUAUUUUUCAACAUAAGGAGAAAGAAAGUACCCAGCAAAUGGGCAUUUUACAAGAAGUACGAAUCUUAUUUUUCCUGUCCUGCCCCUGGGGGUGGGAGGGACCAGCCUCUCUCUAGGGACCCAUCACCCCAGCCUGUUCCCCAUCCCGUGUUCCAUGUCCAGUGUUGCCUCGGUCGCCUAUGUUUGCGCUUGACCAUGUUGCACUGUUUGCAUGUGCCCGAGGCAGGCGUCUGUCAGGGGCUUGGAUUUCAUGUGCUGUGGCCGCUCACUUUACCGCCUUGUGAGAUGGAAUCCUAAUAAACCACUCCAUGAGGACACCGCC